GGAAUCCUUCGCAUUCCGUGCUGCAGGCUCAGUAGAAAGAGAACUUGCUGAUGGUGUGAAGGUCCAGAAAGGGAAAAUGGAGACAGAUGAUCUCUGGGUGCAGUUGAAGAGGCAGACUGAGGAAAUGGAGAAUCGCAUCCGCCGCUUGGCUGGCUGCGAUAGACAACAAAGUGUGACGGCAGAAGAGCCGAUUUUUGAAAAGAAGGAAGUUGCUGAUAGUGUGGAGGUCAGGAGUGAAGCCAGUGCUUACAGGAAAUCAGUCUCCCAAACCCACAGAUCGGGAGGAUGGACAUUGAUGACUUGCCGAUUUCUGUUUGGGCUGGUCGCAGCGCGGCUUUUGAUGCGAAUGGUCUCCUGCGUCUCUCUUUUGCAGGCUGUAGCCACGCCAAGCAAGGUGUGGAAGUCCUUGAAUCUGUGGGUGCGGCAGAUGAGGAGACGACACCAAGAGACGACAAGAUGAAUGAAACUGCAGUCGCAAUGGCAACUGCUGAGCAUCCCUCACCGCUUGGUGUGGAGCAGAAGGCCGCUCAGGUCAGGAGAUUGCAGCUGGCAAAGCAAAGUGGGGUGCCGAACAUCGGGUGGAACUGCACAAACUUGGCAUGGAAGGUCCGCUUUCCCAAAGUUGAUUCCAAAGGGGAAUUUAUCAGCCAGACUUCACGAGAAUUUGGUGUGAAGAAGUUCAUGGCCCCAGGCCGCAGUAAGGCCGAGGCUGAUGCAGCAGCUCUCGAGGCUGCGAAGGCCUUCCGCACAAAGCUGGUCGAGAAGGGCAUCCUCAGAGAGCCCAGGCUGAAGGACCCCAACUUCACCAGCGAAGUCCUUGGGGUUUGUUGUAACAAGAAAGCAGAAAAGUGGAGAGUGCAGGUGGCCCUGAAUUCAAGAAAACGAAUGACAACGGCUGAGGGCAAGGCUCUUGAGCUUCGGGAGAAGCAUGGCCUGCGGCGCCAGGUGAAGCCUGUGCCUACGCUGGCAAACUUGCCGGUGUUCCACCCCAAGUUGCCAUACCCGGGGGUGGUGUGGAACCUGCGAGAGCAACAAUGGCAUGCCCAAUGCCAAGUUGGUGGAGCCCAUCGAAAUUUCAGGGUGAAGCCCAAGGACCACUCGGAGGCGGAGCUGGAGCGCUCCUUCAAGGUGGCAGUCGCGUGGAAGAAAAAACAGGAGAAGGAGAAGCAAGAGAUGGCGGUGAAGCCAAAGGCGAAGCCUCCGAAGACAAAGCGUAGGUGAGUGCAAAAGGCACAGAUCCUAGAUUUGCAUGGCUUCUUUUCCAAGACCGUUGCAGUACAGACCAUUCGCAUAGAGCAUGCUUCAAAAAGA